AUGGGUGAUCCUUCAGCAAAUCCGCACUCACAAAUAGCCGAGGCAGUUUUUGCGCAUAAGGCGGCAUGGUCAGGGCCCAUCGUCCCGUCCGCAAGUCCUGAUAUCAUCGUUGCUCAGGAUGGUUCAGGGAACUUCAAAACGAUACAAGAGGCGAUUAACUACGUGUCGCCCUACUCAGUGAAGCCCGUCAAGACGAUCAUAUUUGUCAAGGCAGGGACAUACUUCGAGGAGGUCGUCAUCCCAUCCACGCAUCAAUUCAUUACGCUUAUUGGUGAGCCUGGUCUCACUCGCGUGAAGUACAACAAAUAUUCCGCCAAGCUCGACGCCAACGGCAAUCCAAUCGGCACAGCCGGCACGGGCACUUUGGCAGCAUUGGGCGACGAUUUCACGAUGAUCAACAUGAUCGUUGAGAACAGCUCUCCACGUCCUCCGCCUGCUACCCUCGGAUUCCAGGCGGUCGCUUUUCGCGCUAGCGGCAAUCGCACGCUAGUGUACAACUGCAGCUUCUUCUCUUACCAGGACACUCUAUACGCACAAGAUGGCUUCCAAUACUACAAAGAUUGCUACAUUUUCGGCGAAAUGGACUUCGUGUUCGGCAACGCGCGCGCAAUCUUUGAUUCGUGCACGUUCUACAUGGACUCGAUGGGCACCGCCGCGGUCACGGCGCAGAAGCGCGACUCGCCGACGAACGACACGUGCUUCGUGAUCAUGAACUCGCACAUAACGGGCAAGAACCAGGGCUGGUUGGGGCGCGCGUGGGGAAAAUACUCGUGCACGAUCGUCGCAUACUCGUCCCUGGACAAUGUCGUUGCUCCCGAAGGCUGGAGCGACUUUACGGUUCCCGCUAGAAGACUGACGACGUUUUACUCCGAGUAUAACAAUCGCGGGAUCGGCAGCGUGCUUGAAGGGCGCGUGUGGUGGGAGCGGGUGAUGUCUGCGCGGCAGGUUAAGAAGUACCUAACGACAGACUACAUCGGACUCGGCACCUGGAUCCCGCAGUUGCCGGUGGUUAAUCGCAACGUCGCGACGCCAAAGUUGGUCCCGAAAACGCCGCCCGCGAACGCCAAGUGGCGGUCUUGCCAGCUGGACGACGACGAGCUGGACGAAUCGCAGGCGAAGAAGAACAAAAAGUGCUCCAAGUGCUGCAUGCGCAAGGCGCUUCUCAGCCAGCGGCGAGACUGCAUGAACUACUGCAUGAAGUAA